AUGGUUAUUUCUUACACUUCCUCUGUGCACAAGUGGCUUGACAAUGCCGAACAGAAUGACCCGAAUGCUGAAGAGAGGAGGGUGUUAGAUCUCCGACGUUCACUUCCAGCGAGCGCUCGUGAGAUUGCUGUUAUUCACAAUCCUAAUGGACCAGAUCUACUUGCUGCCCAGUUCAAGUUGGCUUCAUAUCUACGUCGCUUUAUAGCCGAAGUAAUUGAUUUCAUAUUCGCUUUCUUUAUCAAACUCAUGCUGGUAUACUAUCUUGUGGAAAUGGAAUUAGUGGACCUUAGUCGAUUUGACAAACUUCUUGGAAACGAGGCUGAUCUUCAAACGCUUGUGGAUGUCACCCAGGAACUGUUUCCAUUGGAAUUACUAGGGAAGUUGGCUUGCAGCUUUUUGGAGGCGCUUUGUUUGUCGCAAUCGGUAUUUCCUCGCUUUUUCGGGCAAACACCCGGGAAAUACAUCAUGCGCGUUCGAGUUAUUGAGUGUGGUAGUGUUACACCUGUAGCAGGAGCGCCUCCAGAUGUUGUACGUGUUACUGGCGUGCUGUCCGUACCGUUCAAAUCGGCAAUUUUGCGGUCAAUGCUGAAAAACAUCCUGAUCAACUCGCUAGUGCCAUUCAGUACAGUGGCUUUUGCAUUCAAUCACAACCGUGCCAUCUACGAUAUUCUCGCAAGGACAAUCGUUAUUGUUGAUUGA